CAAGCUGAACACGAGAAGCGAGCUCGGAUGGACGCCGAAAAGAAAUAUCAAGAAGGAAAGAAAACUAACGCUGAAUCUCUCAAAACCAUCAACCAACAGGAAACUAAAUUACGUACCCUGGAAAAAGAGGAGAGAAGACUUAAAGAGGAACUCGUAAAACGAAGUGAACAACGUGCUAAUGUCAACACGUUUACUGAGCGGUAUCAUAAUUUGGAACAACAGCUUAAGAAUACACAAAGAGAACUUAAGAACACAAAAGAUGAACUAGAACAUACUAAAACAAGACUAAGCGAAUCGAUGGGUGCAAAACUAACUGAUAACAAUCCAAACAUCGCUGAUCUGAGUGAUAAAAACCGCCCUACAAAGCUUUCAGAACGUUUUCAAGAAAUCUACGACAACGAAUGGACAGAUGCUUUUGAAGUUUUUGUAUCAGACAGGAGUGAUGAUGAAAAAGCCGUAUCUGUUUUACUCAGUAUUCUGAUGGACACGAAAGAAUUCUGUGACCAAGAGGCAAAAAAUCAGAUGAAACAAAUUCAAUGUGCUCUGAUGCAUGAAGCAAAUUCCGAGCGUAAUACAGGAAGUGCAAUACCUGCAAUACCAGCAAAUAUAAACAAAUUAUUAAAAGAUAGCAGGAAAUAUAUGGCUGAGGUCUCAGGAAAGCAGCUUUGUAAGAAGUACCAAGAGAAUUUACGAUUCUCGCCUUCAUCUACAGCAAGAAAGGCGAAAUCAGUUCCAAAAUAUCUUGAAGCAUGUUUCAGUGUAUGCUGGAUGAUGGCCGUUCAAGAUCCGCCUGUUGUAUUCGGGCCAAAUAUCCAAAGAGGAGAUGCAUUUAAUACUGAUAUAUAUAAAGCGUACACGAAAAAUGGAAAAACAGUUGCAUAUGUUGUCUGGCCUGCUCUUUUGCUUCAUGCAAAUGGACCGGUACUAUGCAAAGGUGUAGCUCAAGGUCUUGGCGAACCAACCCGUCGAACGAAAUCUGCUCCGCCCUAUGAAAGAAGAGCACAAUUUCGUAACGAUGGAAGUAACUGGAAAGAAUACAGUAAUGAUACGCAUAUAAUCGACUCAGAGCAAAAUGAUCAUUACGCAUUGAAUGAUCAAGAAUACAAUCAAGACUUGAAAUAUGGAACAGAUGGUUUUGAUAUUUAUGGAACAAACGCAAGAGACAGGAACAUUUGGGACAAUAAGUCAAGUAUCGGAGGUACAGAAUCGGCCAUGCGAGAACACGUGUCAAGGAAGCUGCUUGACGACUUAGAUGAUCGAGUGUACGACCAAUCAACACGGGAUUACAGAUCAGGGCGUUCUGGUUACGAAUCAAACCCUAGAACCCAUUAUUCAGGUACAAAUUACAAACAAUCAAGUGCUCUAGCAUACGAUUCUGGUUUGACAAACUACACUUUUCAAAGAACAAGAUACAUAUCAGAUGCUGUAUAUAACAAACCUAACAAUUAUCCGCAUUCUUCUUCCUCUUACAAACAAAUGACUGUCACAAGACAACCACAUCUCGAACACAAACAUACAUCUCGCCGGGAGCAAGGUAAGCCAGCUUGGAGAUGAACGUAAUUGAAGUUGUUAGCAGUUUUAUUUCUCUUGAACAUUUGGCGAAUACCUAUGGAAACGUAUAUCGUACAUCCUGGUUAGAUGUUUAUAUGGUUUAGUCGAGAUUCUGUUGAACUACAUGACGACAUAUAACUCAGCAACUCGUCAAAAAAUAAGACUACAAGUUGUGAAAAUUUGGUCAUGACGUUAAAAAGAACUUGCCAAGAUGUUAAAAAUUAUGUCUACUCGUAUUAAUUAUUGAGUGGGCUUAAAUUUAUUAAAAGAAAUUCAGAAUUUUACGAAUAUGUGUCACAUAUCUUAAAACUAUUCACUUUCUUUAAAAGUCCUAUAUUUCUUCAGCUGUUUGCAUGUUAGAAACACAUACUAUUUAUCAAAAUACAAUAUUCACAUUUUUCUCAAGAGGCCUUGUUUCAUUCACAUAAUAUCUACAUGUGUAGUGAAAGUAAAACUCCCAAAAAUUGGCUCAUUGCAGUUUACUGAUGUUAGCUUCUAACAUAAUGUAAUGUUGCAUGUAACAUUUUCAAGGACAUAAGAUGUAAACUAUAAAAUUGUUCUCAAAUAAUUAACUAAAACAAUAAUUAUUUUCGUUAAUUUAAGCCCGAUCGGUCAUUAAAACCUUGAUUGGGCCUCUAAGCCCUAUCUGGCAAUGUUACAAGGCUUUUUAAUGUAUACAGCAGUGAGUCAGUCUUACAAUUGUUGUUGAUCAAAUCAUAGGGAUCACUGACUGGCGUAAAUCUGUCGGGGACUAUGUAUUGCCAUGCAGUAUUCCAGUAACUUGUAUUUAGUGUCAGUAGGUCAAAGGUCAAGGUUGUUGAGGUCUGAAAAUUGAAAAUCAUUUCCAUACAUGACGCAGUAACUUGAGAAUCAUCUGAAAAGGUCUACUGCAGAAAAUUCAGACUUAACAGAUUCGUCAGUCUCAGUCAUCGUGAAACCUCCCAGGCCUCAGCUGGACAUCCCGACCAACUUCCACCGCCCCGGACACAUAUAUUAUGAAAUUUGAGAAAAAAGAAACAUGGGCAGCUUGUAGCUGUAUUUAUUAUGGCCUAUGGGUAAACAUUGUCACUAUUUGUCGUAAAAAUACGGGAACCAUCCGGUGGUCUGAGCUUCAGUCUAUAAUUCCAGAUUGUGAGCCGUCUCGCGGCAGAAAUAAACCACCAUACGCACACCCCGUACCCAGAUAAUCCUAACUCUGUUCAGCGACCCUAACUCAGUGCCAGCAUGGCUGACAGAAAGACGAUGUAUGUAGUUAAUUUCCCUGUCUUUUUCAUGUUUUUAUGUUAGUAUGCAAUGUUAGCGUAAAACUUUUGAUAGCCAUAAUAUCCUGUAUUGAUAACAUGUUUUGUGUACUAAAUAUUUCAAUCGACAAGUCACAUUAUGUGGCUGGAAUUCAUUAAAAUGUACUCAAAGAAGUCUUCAAAAUGAACAUGUUUUAUGUUUCUAACUGUUUUAAAUACCAGAAAUUGCAAUAAGACUUUACUUAUCAACUGUAUUUGUUCCAUAAACAUCUCUUAGACAAUGCUUAACAGUAUCAAAGUUUGAAAUUCAUUUUUAUAGCUUAAAAUCUGUAUUGAUUAUGAGGUGGGUUUAGAUUUGCGGAUAGUUCCUAACUGGUAUAGGAAACAGUGCUGGAUAAAUAUGAACUUAGAAUGGAUAAACACCUAACCAAACGAAAACAUAGCUGUUCGUCUGUGCUUUAUGUAAACGGGCCUAUAAAGCAGUAUAUUUUUGCUUUCAAACAACAAAAUAGUAGAGGCAUCAAUAGCAUAUAGGCAUUUUUAAAGAUUUUUGUAAAAUUGUUCAUUGAAAGUUUGCCUUGUUCGUCGGUAUUCCACCUGAAAACACAAGGGUUGAUAUAUUUAACAUGAUACCUUUUGAAAUAAAUAUACACUUGAUCAAUGGAGACAGAUAUAACAACCGAAACAUUCCUUUAUACAUCGAAAUUACACAGAAAACAAAGCUGUAUUGGAUUUACAUCCGCCAUGUUGGCACUGAGUUAGGGUCGCUGAACAGAGUUAAGAUUAUCCGGGUACAUAGUGUGAUACGUAAGGGAAUAAAAUUCCAGAGUACGUCCAAAUAUGACACACAUUGCCUAAUUAAAUACUGUUCCAUCCAGAUUAGUAAAAAUGAAUAAAUUGAUCAGUGACAGUAAGGUAUAACGGAACUAAAACACAUGCAAAUUUGACAACUUUUAAACAAUUUUUUGAGGCAUGUUCUCCAAGUUUUAGUCGGUCACUGCGGUCGGACGAAAAAUCAACCUCCAUCGGUUGCGUCCUUCGGUCAGGCCGUCGGUCCGACGAGGUCUGGAUUUGACUGAAGUCUUGGUCUGUAGAUGAUCCCAGUUCAUAUUAAAGUCAGUGCACCAAAACUCAUAUAAUGUAUACAGGGGGAGGAAGUGGGGUGACAUACAAUUUGGCCUCAAAAAAUCUUUACAAUAUCUAUUACCUAAAGCAUACAUAUGUAUUAAUAAAAAAAUAAAUUGCACUUUAAUAAGUUCAGUCAUUGAGGCCACAAACCAUGGCGCAGUAUAAUUUACUAAUGUCGAAAAGAUUACUUAAUGUAGAUAUGUCGGAUAAAAUUUAGUAGUAAAGCUGUAUUAAUAAUGUAGACAAUACAUCUUAAUAAAUCUCGACAUACCGUGUUAUUUCACACUACGUCGACAUAAAUACUCCUACAUAAACAUAUCAUCCGGGUGUACCAUAUACGUUUCCAUAAAUACCAGUAUCAUUAUGUUUUAUUGUUAUUUUUAUUCGUCCAUCCCUGAAAUGUACUUCAAAACAUAUUAAAAAUUAAAAGUUAAACCAAAACCGAUUUGUUUUGGUGGCGUGAUUGGCUGAAUAAACUGAUUGAUCAUUACAUGUAUGUUUUUGUGUAGAUAUUCCUUUUAUUUAUUGCCAUCAUGUUUAUACUUUUAGUUAAAUUUGAUAGUUUACUGAAUCUUUUCUGUGUGCAAGCAGAAAACAUUUGUCUUUUUGUCUUAAAUGAAACGAGUAAACUUACUUCAAAUCAUAGCUACUGGUUUUCAGUAUAUUUGUAUUCGUGCGGGUUUUUUAAGUGUUUCGUGCAGUGCUCUUUAUUCGUAUGUUGAACAUUAUUCAGGGAUAGCUUUGUCACACUCUAUUUAGCUCCCUUCGGAUAUAGCUCCCCGGGGAGCUGUAUUUUGAACAUGUUUUCGUGUAUAGCUCUUUGGGAAUGAGGAGCUGUAUACGCAAUGUACAAACCCGAAUAUGACUCCCUGUACAUGAAAAAACAAAAUUGCUAUAACAGUACUGUUCGAGUAAUACAUAACAUGAUUAUUUGGCAGAGUGUCAUUUGGAUAUACAAUUUUCGACACCACUAGGAGACAGGUGGGGAUUUAUAAAUUUGAUUUGUCAAGCUAUUCUUACGUAUAAAACUAUAGUGCGUAGGUACAUUGUCCCCAAAACGGAUACAAUUAGACCAAGAAUCACCAACCGGUACAAAAAUAAUGACUCGUUAUUGAAGUUAGGAACAUGGGUUUUAAGUAUUGUAUCUGGUCUAGCAGUUAUGACCCUAUAGUAGAAAUACAUACUUGAUCAUACUGUGAAAGGCUCUCAUCUUAUAUACUAUGUGACAGAAUUACCAAAUGUGGAACAAACGUUUAUUAGUUGUACCUGAAGAGCUUAGGUUUUUGUCAGUCUUGACGAAAUAAAGUAAUUUCCCUAAAGUUCCAAAACUGUCCAGAAAUGUUGACUGGCAAAUAGUGGUUUAGUACUUGUUAUGAUCCUUGCAUAAGAAUUAAGGCAUCAUGUGUGAAAUAUUUUGACACUUUGGUCUUUUACAAACGCGACAAUAAGCCACGUGGACAAUGUUGCAUAAAAACACCGAGGAGCUAUAUACGGAACAAAGCUAUAGGUGUUCCAUUUAUAGCUCCAGUUUAAGCAAGGGAGCUAUAUAAGGAGAUAUAGCGCCGCAGGAGCUAUAUACGAAAAGGUGCCCCAUAUAUAGUCUUCCGAGGAGCUAUAUCCGAAGGGAGCUAUAUUGGAUGUGACUUUUUUAUUUUGUUGGACUAGUGAAAAGUUAGAAAAGGGUGUUCUUGUUGAACAUGUCGUUUUCAUUACAACUUGAUUUCUGUAUACACAUUUUUACAAUUUGUAUUUCUUUUGUGUAUUUAUCUGAGUGAACAGUCACUUACAAGAAUAGCUUGCUAAGGGAGUCAGUUUAUGUAACGUUUUGAAAUUCAACUGUUAAAAACACACUUUCACUCAUACUGUCAUCAUCUGUGUGUAUAAUGUGCAUUUUUCUGUGUAUAACUGUAGUUGAAAUAUAUAGAAACUUACAAGCAAGACUAAGAUGUUAUAUUGACUAUUACACUAGUAGACUCUUUUCUAUAUACAAAUAUUGAUGUACAAUUGUGAUUUUUUCCGACAUUGCAAAAAAUAAUACGAUCAUAAUAAUCACCUUUACUAGUAUCAACAGUUAGAUACAAUAAUGCUUUACUAGAAUAUAAGGAUCGUGUUUACCAUUACCUGUACAUAAUGUAGGAAAGACGAUUGAUAGAAGUGGGGAAACUUUAUAACCUGACGACAAGUCAUCACUUUCGUUUUAAACUUAAUGACAAAUCAUAACUUUCAUAUAUUUAUGUAGAUAAGAUUACCUUUAAGUGAACAUUACAGUUAACUUAUAUUAAUGUGUUAAAAUGGUUCGACAACACUUUUUCAAGUCGCUGUGUAACCCCUUUCACUAGUUUUAACCUUACACAUUGAGUCUUGUAGUAUUUGUCCGCUUCAUCUAUUAUGUCUUACACAUUUCGUGAAUUUUACAUCACCCCCAUUUUUAUUAGUAAACAAACCUCAAACGUUUGGAACAUUAAAACAAAGGCGAUUUGUCGAUGGCUUAUUGUUAACAGGUUUCUUUCAUGGUGUGCUGUUCUGUUAUUAUACUUUUUCUACUGUAAUAUGAAUUUAGUAAUUUGUUUUUAUCCAAGGUUAUGGGAAACGUAGGAGUAUAUACAUGAUCAUGUAUUUAUUUUUCGAAAAUAAAGUUUAUAAACAGAAUAAAAAUAAAAUUACUAACAACUUCGUUUCUCUGUUUAUCUAUAAAGAAAUCGCGCAAAAACUGCGCCGUAUUUAGAAUUUGACCAUCAAACUCUUUAUACAGGUACUUUGUUUGUCGUAGAAAUAAAUAAUAAUGAAAUAAAGAGAAAUAAAAUGGUA